UGGCUUGUUAUCGAUAACACAAGUAUUACUUGCACUUUGCCGACGCUGACUGUCAAAAAAAAAGCAAGAGCAAGAAACUGCUUUGUGUUAGUUGUUGCUGCCAGCAAAAUUCAAGAUAAAAUUAAGUAAAAACUUGCUCCAAACACACGUCGUUUACAUACUAAUAAGUUGAAAUAUGGAUCGUUUGCUACGUCUUGGCGGCUCAAUGCCUCAGGCCGCACCACCAACAGAUGCCCCCGUUGUGGACACAGCCGAACAGGUAUAUAUUUCCUCGCUGGCCCUUCUCAAGAUGCUGAAGCACGGACGUGCUGGCGUGCCUAUGGAGGUCAUGGGUCUCAUGCUGGGAGAAUUCGUCGAUGAUUACACGGUCCAGGUGAUCGAUGUAUUUGCUAUGCCACAAACAGGCACAGGAGUCUCUGUGGAAGCCGUGGAUCCCGUGUUUCAGGCCAAGAUGUUGGAUAUGCUUAAGCAGACGGGUCGCCCCGAAAUGGUCGUCGGCUGGUACCAUUCGCAUCCUGGUUUCGGUUGCUGGUUGUCAGGCGUCGAUAUUAAUACGCAACAAUCCUUUGAAGCAUUGUCCGAACGCGCCGUUGCCGUUGUCGUGGAUCCCAUACAGUCGGUCAAGGGCAAGGUGGUCAUUGAUGCCUUCCGUCUAAUCAAUCCUAACAUGCUGGUGCUCGGCCAGGAGCCGCGUCAGACCACCUCGAAUCUGGGACAUUUGCAAAAACCAUCGGUGCAGGCACUUAUCCAUGGCCUGAAUCGUCACUACUACUCCAUCAGCAUUAAUUAUCGCAAGAAUGAACUGGAGCAGAAGAUGCUGCUAAAUUUGCACAAGAAAUCGUGGAAGGAUGGCUUGACACUGGCCGACUACAACGAGCACUGCUCCAUCAACGAGGACACAGUGGCCGAGAUGCUCGAUUUGGCCAAGAACUACAACAAGUCACUCGAGGACGAGGAAAAAAUGACGCCCGAGCAGCUGGCGAUUAAGAAUGUGGGUAAACAGGACCCGAAGCGACACUUGGAGGAGAAAGUAGAUAAGGUUAUGCAGAACAACAUUGUACAAUGCUUAGGAGCUAUGCUCGAUACAAUUGUUUUUAAAUAAAUCAAAUCGCAUUUGCUAUUAACUGGAAUAAUAACAAAAAUCAACCCCUAAAACAAACCUACAUCAAUCACACCCAACAAAAUAAAAAGAAAUAAAAACUGCUUUGUUUUAGAGCAAAAAGUUUUACACAAAACAAAAAUG